CUGUGCUCCGGGGUCCUUUGCGGACCUGGGAUGGUUUGUAGGGUUUCAGAUGACGGACCCAAAUGUGUCACAGUGCCCUCGUGCAAGAACUACCCGUGCCCAAAAGCUGGAACGGAGUGCCAGAUGCUGAACGGGCAGCCCAGAUGUGUCCCACUGCCUUCGUGCAAAAACACCCGUUGUGAUGCAGGAACGGAGUGCAGGAUGGUGCAUGGCUCACCCCAGUGCAUCCCAUUGCCUUCGUGUAAGAACACCCGAUGUGAUGCAGGAACGGAGUGCAGGAUGGUCCAAGGGUCUCCCCAGUGCAUCCCGUUGCCAUCCUGUAAGAACACCCGAUGUGAAGCUGGAACGGAGUGCAGGAUGGUGCAUGGCUCACCCCAGUGCAUCCCUCUGCCUUCCUGCAAAAACACCCGAUGUGAAGCUGGAACGGAGUGCAGGAUGGUGCUUGGAUCACCCCAGUGCAUCCCGUUGCCAUCCUGCAAGAACACCCGUUGUGAAGCAGGAACAGAAUGCAAGAUGGUCCAAGGGUCACCCCAGUGCAUCCCGUUGCCAUCCUGCAAAAACACCCAUUGUGGUGCUGGAACAGAGUGCAGGAUGGUGCAUGGCUCACCCCAGUGCAUCCCAUUGCCUUCAUGUAAGAACACCAGAUGUGAAGCAGGAACGGAGUGCAGGAUGGUGCAUGGCUCACCCCAAUGCAUCCCAUUGCCAUCCUGCAAAAACACCCGAUGUGAAGCAGGAACAGAAUGCAAGAUGGUCCAAGGGUCUCCCCAGUGCAUCCCUCUGCCUUCGUGCAAAAACACCCGAUGUGAAGCUGGAACGGAGUGCAGGAUGGUGCUUGGAUCACCCCAGUGCAUCCCAUUGCCUUCGUGUAAGAACACCCGAUGUGAGGCGGGAACAGAAUGCAAGAUGGUCCAAGGGUCACCCCAAUGCAUCCCGUUGCCUUCGUGCAAAAACACCCGUUGUGAUGCAGGAACGGAGUGCAGGAUGGUGCACGGCUCACCCCAGUGCAUCCCGUUGCCAUCCUGCAAAAACACCCGAUGUGAAGCUGGAACAGAGUGCAGGAUGGUCCAAGGGUCUCCCCAGUGCAUCCCUCUGCCUUCAUGCAAAAACACCCGUUGUGAAGCAGGAACGGAGUGCAGGAUGGUGCAUGGCUCACCCCAGUGCAUCCCAUUGCCAUCCUGCAAGAACACCCGUUGUGAAGCAGGAACGAAGUGCAGGAUGGUGCAUGGCUCACCCAAGUGUGUUCCUCUUCCUUCCUGCAAAAACACCCGCUGUGAAGCUGGAACCGAGUGCAAGAUGGUGGACGGGUGGCCCAAGUGCAUCCCGUUGCCAUCCUGCAAAAACACCCAUUGUGGUGCUGGAACAGAGUGCAGGAUGGUCCAUGGAUCACCCCAAUGCAUCCCUCUGCCUUCGUGCAAGAACACCCGUUGUGAAGCAGGAACAGAAUGCAAGAUGGUCCGUGGCUCACCCCAGUGCAUCCCUCUGCCUUCCUGCAAAAACACCCGUUGCGGUGCAGGAACUCGGUGCAAGAUGUUGGAUGGGAUGCCCAAAUGCGUCCCGUUGCCUUCCUGCAACAACUUCCACUGCGAUACGGGAACGGUGUGCAGGAUGACGGGCGGGUGGCCCCAGUGUGUCCCACUGCCUUCGUGCAAGAACAGCCGUUGUGGUGCAGGAACUCGAUGCAAGAUGGUGGAUGGGGUCCCCAAAUGCGUCCCGUUGCCGUCGUGCAGCAAUUUCCACUGCAAGGCCGGAACGCGAUGCAGGAUGGUGGGAGGGUGGCCGCAGUGCAUCCCCAUCCCAUCGUGUCGGAUGUUCCCCUGCAAGGAAGGGACUCGGUGCCAGAUGGUGGCUGGGAAACCACGCUGCGUCCCCAAACCUUCGUGCCGUCACCUCAGCUGCGGGGAGGGCACGCGGUGCAAGAUGGUGGACGAUUGGCCACGCUGCGUCCACGCCACGCCGAGCUGCCGGGAUAUUCGGUGCCAGAAGGGGACCCGUUGCCAAAUGGUGGAGGGGUGGCCCAAGUGUGUUCACAAGUUGCUCCUCCGGAGGGAAUUGCCUCCACUCUCGUGCAACAACGUCCCCUGUGAGAGCGGGAUGGUGUGCAGGAUGGAGGGAGGUUCGCCUCGGUGUGUCCCAAGCAAGACGUCUCCAACGCAGCCUUCCUGCAGAGUGCACUGUCCCAAGAGGACCACGUGCCAGAUGAGAGAUGGGUGGCCCCACUGCGUCCACCCCACACCUUCCUGCAGCGCCGUCCAAUGCCAGAAGGGAACAGAGUGCCAAAUAGUCAACGGUUGGCCACGGUGCGUGCAAAGUAAAGCAUCCCAGGGACAACCGUGCCAGGAUUUCCCCUGCCCCAAUGGGACCUCGUGCAAGGUGACCGAUGGCCAACCCCACUGCGUCCACAACCCGCCCUCCUGCCGUGACAUCCAGUGCCAGAAGGGAACUGUGUGCCACAUGGUCAACGAUUGGCCUUGGUGUGGUCCCACCAAGGCGCCCCAUGUGACAAAUGUCCAGAAAACUCCGACCUGUGAGGACAUCCGUUGCCAAAAGGGGAUGGUGUGCAAAAUGCUGGAGGGUUGGCCCAAAUGCGUUGGCCCCAUACCGUCGUGUGAGGACAUCCACUGUUCCCUGGGCACUGCGUGCAGGAUGGUCAAUGGUUGGCCAAAAUGUGCUCACGAACCGCUUUCCUGCAGCAACAUCCAGUGCUCCAAAGGAGCCACGUGUCAGAUGGUGGAUGGUUGGCCACGCUGCAUCCAACUCAAGCUGACCCCAAAGAGACCUUCCUGCAGUGACAUCCACUGUGCUAAAGGGACCAUGUGUCAGAUGAUUAAUGGGCAUCCUCAGUGUAUUCAGAAUCAGCCCACCUGCAGUGACAUCCAGUGCUCCAAAGGAACCACGUGUCAGAUGGUGGAUGGUUGGCCACGCUGCAUCCAACUCAAGGUGACCCAAGGAGACCUUCCUGCAGUGACAUCCAUUGCCUAAAGGGAACUUCUUGUAAGAUGAUGGAUGGACAUCCUCAGUGUGUCCAUGACCAGCCCACCUGCAGUGACAUCCAGUGCCAGAAAGGAACCACGUGUCAGAUGGUGGAUGGUUGGCCACGCUGCAUCCAACUCAAGCUGACCCCUAGGAGACCUUCCUGCAGUGACAUCCACUGUGCUAAAGGCACCACGUGUCAGAUGAUUAAUGGACAUCCUCAGUGUAUCCAAAACCAGCCCACCUGCAGUGACAUCCAGUGCCAGAAAGGAACCACGUGUCAGAUGGUGGAUGGUUGGCC